AGAGAGCACAAACCUUAUCUUCCUAUAUAUUUAGAGUGAGAGAGAGAGAGAGACAGAGAGAAUGUCGAUUACCACGAUGGCCACGACAACAGCGAGUCGGCUGCUUAUGGUUCCAAUACGCUGCUCUGAUUCAACCCCAAGACGCGGUUUUGGAACCAAAAAGAACACCAACAAGGUACCCACGAAAUCAACAACUAAACAACCUGUUCCUGAACGUACUCAGGCACCUGGUUUAAGUUCUCGAUUUGAUGGGAAAUCUACCAACAAGGCUUUGGACCUUCAGUUUGAGGAACGGCUGGAAGCAGUUAAAAGAAAUAAGCUAGAAACAGAAAAGGCAGAUGAAGUAAAAGAAUUUAGGGCAAUUGACUAUGAUGCACCGGUUGAGUCGGAGAAGAAAACAAUUGGACUUGGUACCAAGAUUGGAGUAGGUGUGGCUGUCUUGGUCUUUGGUUUGGUUUUUGCUCUUGGAGACUUUCUUCCGUCAGGAAGUGUUAGUCCCACUGAGGAUGGCGUGGUGGUAAAAAAUAAACUGUCUGAAGAAGAGAAAGCUACACUCGAGGUUAGGCUGAGAGAUUACGAGGCAAUGCUAAUUAACUCACCCAAAGAUCCAAUUGCCCUUGAAGGAGCUGCAGUGACCUCGGCACAAUUAGGAAAGUAUUCUCAGGCUUCCACUCUGCUUGAGGACUUGACAAAGGAAAAACCAAGUGAUCCUGAUGUUUUCCGUUUGCUUGGAGAAGUUAAAUACGAACUCAAGGAUUAUGACGGGAGUGCUACUGCGUAUAAGACUGCCCAGAUGGUGUCUAAAGAUAUCAAUUUUGAAGUUUUGCGUGGCCUUACAAAUGCAUUACUUGCGGCUAAGAAACCAGAUGAGGCCGUUCAAUACCUUGUGGCCUCUCGUGAACGUCUGAAUUCAGAAAAUUCCAAUGGUGAGGCUGAAGAAACAACAUUGCAGCAGGUGGACCCUGUUCAAGUUGAAUUACUUCUUGGUAAAGCCUAUUCAGAUUGGGGCCGUAUCAGUGAUGCUGUAUCUGUUUAUGAUCGCCUCAUUUCCAGUCACCCUGAUGACUUCCGCGGUUACUUAGCUAAGGGCAUCAUUUUGAAAGAAAAUGGUAAAGUUGGAGAUGCAGAGAGAAUGUUUAUACAAGCACGGUUCUUUGCACCAGAGAAAGCUAAGGCACUCGUAGAUCGUUACUCAAGAUAGUAACUGCUUUUUGGUGUUGCCUGCAUGCCUGGUUCAGUUAUUGGGAAAAUUUUUAUCUCAGGAGCAUAAGCAUGUUAUGACAUUUUGACUAUUGGAUUAUGGAUACAUAGGGCUCCGGAAUUCUUUGAAGUUAGUUUUGUUCAAUUUCUAGAUUGUUUGGGCUUGUACAGAAUUGGCUGAUAACAAUAAGGCCGGAUCCGAUGUUGCCCAUUUUCUAUGUUAUAUGGUGAACAAAAUUCAGUAAAAUUCAUAUUCUUUGCUAGUCAAAGUUGAAUAGGAUCGAAUAACUAAAAGAUGAAUAGGAUGGUAGGACAGGGUUUUUAUCUUUUACUUUUUUCUUGUACCAACCAUUUAUUAUUAAAGAGGUUCAAAGCUAGUCUUCCUACAA